GUGUGAAUGUGAGUGAGUGAGUGAGUGAGUGAGUGAGUGAAUGAAUGAAUGAAUGAAUGAAUGAAUGAGAGAGAGAGAGAGAGAGAGAGAGAGAGAAAGAAAGAAAGAAAGAAAGAAAGAGAGAGAGAGAAAGAGAGAGAGAACGUGGUUGUCAGCAUAGUUAGCUAGCUUGUAAGUGUGGGCGCGUGGAUAGUUCGCUAGCUUGUAAGUGUGAGCGCGUGGAUGGUUAGCUAGCUUGUAAGUGUGAGCGCGUGGAUGAGAUGAUAUAAAUCUCUGUAUUUUAUAUGUAAUCGUAUUUGGUUGAAACAAACAAACAAACAAAAAAGACGGAGAAGGCUUCAGGAUGUCCUUAAGCAGCCAGACGACCAGCAGCCGCGCCAUCCCGGCCACCAGACGGGUGAUUCUCAGCGACGCAGCCCAUCUACCCCAUGAUUAUUCCAGCACACCUGGAGGAACUCUGUUUAGCACCACUCCCGGAGGAACCAGAAUCAUCUAUGACCGGAAGUUCCUGCUGGACUGUCGCAGCUCCCCGUUGGCCCACACGCCUCCCAGCUGCCUGCCUGACAUCCCCGGAGUGACCAGCCCUCCCAAAAACAACAAAACCCACCCUCGAGAGCGCGUCAGCUGCAGCAGCAGCAUCCCUCCUGUGGACAAGGCCACGGGUGAAGACGCCCAGUUUGAAAUGGACAUCUAGUAACGUCAAACAUCAACAUGACGGUGAUGGCGGUCCUAUAAGGAUGAACGAAACCGAUUUCUCCCAUCAUCUACCUUCUUUCAUUAUCUGCUGUUGUUUUCCCUCCCCAUUAUUUCUGUAUCAAUGCUGUCAUUCCAGACACGCACAAGACAUCUACCAUCGAGUCUCAACACCGGCGCACACCGCUGUGCUUAAAUGCGCUUAGGUUACUCCUUGAGCAUGCCAGUGCUCCUGCGGAAGCCUCUGCUCAAGAUGUGUGAAAUCCAAACACUUUUUGUUGCCGCGUGUGUAGUUUGCUAACAUGACCACUGGGAGGAGAAGUGGUUCUUUCUGUAUUUUUUUUUUUAUUUUUUAUUUUUUUUAAAACCUCAUGCUGGAGAGUGUUACAGUGUAGAGUCAAAUAACAUUUCCCCACACUUCAUUUCCCAUAUGACGGUGUUAUCUUUUUAUAAGGAAAAUUUAUCAAGAAUUUGUUUCUUUUUCACUUAACGUGUCAAUCAACAAAAUGUAACACCCCCCCCCCCCCCCCCCUUAUGGUUUUGGUUAUACUGUGUAUAUCUUGUCAAUUUUUACAAUAUCUAAGGAAUAAAUCCUUCCCUAAGAUUCAUCCAAACAUGGAAAAAAUGCAGUGAGAAUCCGUUCAUCUUUUGACUUUAGUGGUUUCUGAUGAUGU